AUGUCCACGGUGGCCACGCUUUUUGCUGGCCCGGGAAGCGCCGCCAAUGUCUCCGGCUCAGUCAGUGAAAAUGUGGGGUUUCGCUAUGUUUUGGAUAGAACUGUCCAAACCCUUUCCACCAACGGAGUUCCAGAAUCCCGUCAAAUCUCUGGCCUUCUAUUCGUGCCCACCUUGGCUGCCCACGAUCCUUGCAAUGAUCUUGCGGCGCCGUUUGUGCCUAGGAAUGUGACUCGCCACGAGGAUGUGGCAAGUUUUGGUUAUCCCACAAUUGGAAUUGCCCCAUGGGUGUCUGAGGAUUGCACCAAGUCGUUUCUGGCUGCCUCACGAGAGGUUGAGUCUGAUGCACUAGUAUUCUUCCAGCCAUAUAAAAAUGACUCCGAGAUCCCUCCUCCGGCGACUAAUCUUUGCUGGGAUCUCAAUGACGGUGACCAGUGGAAGAAAGACAACCAAUACCCCAUCUACGCAAUUCCUGGCCCAGCAGCAACAACUCUGAUGCAUGAACUUGCCUGGUUCUCAAAUGGAAAGAAGAACCGGAGCCGUGGUGAAACCUAUCCAUCAUUUCAGAAACGUGAUAGUAGUGUUCGGUUGUUCACAAUGAUUGCCAAUGAACCUCAGACAGACUCGAAUCCAAGCCUAUGGAGCUUCGUGCUCAUUAUCCUCGGAUCAAUUUUUGGCCUGACCUUGAUAAUGUACAUCAUCUACAGGACUGUCAACCGCAGACGGCUCCUGCAAGCAGCACUUGCCGGGCAACAUGAUGUAGAGGGAGUUCCAAUGCAAGCAACGACUCCAGUUCAGGUGCCCCCAGAAGUUGUCGAACAACUGCCUCUUUACACCUAUGCAGGCCCAAGGUCUUCAUCUGUGGCUUCGAUCGUUAAGGACGAGGUUGAAUCCAAUGUGGCAGAGAUUGAUCCCAGUAGUCAAUCUCCUGAGCUACCGGCCGAGGUGGCCCGUGAAGACCUCUCCCGAGAUACCCCGAGAGUGGUUGGCAUUCGAAGACCGACACCGGCCGUCAUAAAUCCAGGUAGUAGAGGAGUCGUAGCUUCUGCGAAUCCAUAUCGACUGAGCCAUACCCAAACUAAUUGCGCAAUAUGCUUUGAUCCUUUCAUGAUUGGAUCCACCAGGGUGCGUGAGCUCCCAUGUGGGCACAUCUUUGACCAUGGUUGUAUCGAUCCAUGGCUCUUGACAAGGAACAGCGAGUGUCCGUUUUGCGACAACGACAAACGACCUCGUGAAGCCGACAAGGUACGCUCCUACGCCUUCCUCAAUCUACGAAACCCACACGUCAAAAAUACCAUCAGUCUCCUAACUCUUCAAUUGUUCCAGAUGGGUGCCCUCAAGUACGUCGAAGAGAUCCAGAAGAAGAAGCAGUCCGAUGUCAUUCGGUUCCUGCUCCGCGUUCGCUGCUGGGAGCUCCGCCAGCUGAACGCCAUCCACCGUGCUUCGCGCCCCUCUCGUCCCGACAAGGCUCGCCGUCUCGGUUACAAGGCCAAGCAGGGCUACGUCGUCUACCGCAUCCGUGUUCGCCGCGGUGGCCGUAAGCGCCCUGCCCCCAAGGGUGCCACCUACGGCAAGCCCACCAACCAGGGUAUCAACCAGCUCAAGUACCAGCGUGCUCUGCGUGCUACCGCUGAGGAGCGUGUUGGCCGCCGCUGCGCCAACUUGCGCGUCCUGAACUCCUACUGGAUCAACCAGGACUCCACCUACAAGUACUUCGAGGUCAUCUGUGUCGACCCCCAGCACAAGGCCAUCCGCCGUGACGCCCGCAUCAACUGGAUCUGCAACCCCGUCCACAAGCACCGCGAGGCCCGUGGUCUCACCGCUACCGGCAAGAAGUCCCGUGGUAUCAACAAGGGCCACCGCUACAACAACACCAAGGCCGGCCGCCGCCACACCUGGAAGCUCCACAACACCCAGAGCUACUGGCGUUACCGUUAAGUGCAUUAAUGCACAGGUCUGGUGUUUUAUGGUGGAAAAUAUUGGCUGCAUGUGGUUAUCUCUUCGAUCGAUUCUCUCCCGGACCGUUUCAUCUACGCUGGGUUCGAGUUUAAUGCAGACCAGCAGGAUCUGUUUUUAGCCAAAAAGCCAUCUUUGUUUUAUGUUGAAUUCCCCCCUGAUUAACGAAGUAUGACUGGUUCAACUCCAUA